CUGAUGAAACCAGCUGUAGAGCGUAGCAAGUAGAUAAUGGAAAAAGACCUGAAAGAGGGAAGAAAAGAAAAAAAGAGAGGGAGAUGAUGUCGUUUGGUUUGGUGAGCAUUUCACGAAGAAAGUGAACAAUAAUGUUUGAAAAAGCAACGGUCUCUUAUGCCAUAUAAUUAAAUAUUGACUUGCUUAUACUACAAAAGCAAUAAUGGCAGACGCAAAUCAAGGAAGGCCAUUUACACAGUAAAAGCUCUGAUUGACGAACCCCGCUUAAAUAAGGCAGCAGGCAGACUUCUUUUCCUUUUUACAAUUUGGAGUUCCGAAUAAUCCCCUGCAUUUCAACCAUUCCUUCUAUCUGAGCCAGAGAUGAAGCAGGGGAUGGCACUACUGACUCUGUACUUAUAUGCCUGUAGUUUGGUUGAGAUACUUUUGGGCGGAUCUGUAGAUGUUUUUGAAGAUUUGAAAUUCCCUUCUUAUCUGGACAGAGAUGCUUCGUCGCCUUCUUCUCCUGCUUCUAAACCUCUUAUGGUCGACCUCACUCUUGUUGAUGGAGCUGACUCUAAAGGAGCUGUCUGCUUGGAUGGAACAUUGCCUGGUUACCACUUGCAUCGUGGAGUUGGAUCAGGUCAGAAUAGCUGGCUUAUUCAGUUGGAGGGAGGUGGGUGGUGCAAUACCGUCAGGAAUUGUGUUUACCGGAAAACUACACGCCGUGGUUCAUCCAAGUUUAUGCAAAAGCAAUUACCAUUUACUGGAAUAUUAAGCAAUAAAGUAGAAGAAAAUCCUGAUUUCUUCAAUUGGAACAGGGUCAAGCUCCGUUACUGUGAUGGGGCGUCUUUUAGCGGGGACGGUCAGAAUGAGGCUAAACAGCUUUAUUUUCGAGGACAACGAAUCUGGUCAGUCGCUAUGGAGAAUCUGAUGGCUGAAGGAAUGCAGAACGCCACUCAGGCCCUUCUUUCUGGAUGCUCUGCUGGAGGUCUGGCAUCCAUCUUACACUGUGAUGAAUUCAGGGACCUGUUUCCACAAACUACCAAAGUAAAAUGCUUAAGUGAUGCUGGACUGUUUCUUGAUUCAGUCGACAUAUCUGGUAACCGCACGUUACGGAAUAUGUAUGAAGGUGUAGUUAGCUUACAGAAUGUGCAGAAGAAUCUGCCAAGUACUUGUACCAGCAACCUGGAUCCAACUUCAUGCUUCUUCCCUCAGAAUUUGAUCGCAAAUAUAAAGACUCCAUUGUUUAUUCUAAAUGCUGCCUAUGAUUCAUGGCAGGUACAAGAAAGUAUAGUUCCUCCAUCAGCUGAUCCUCAAGGUUCUUGGAAAGAAUGCAAACAAAAUCAUGCAGAAUGUAGUUCAUCACAGAUCCAAUUUUUGCAAGACUUCAGGAAUCAAAUGCUAGAAGCUUUAAGUGUCUUUUCGAUGUCAGCUCAAAAUGGCUUAUUCAUAAAUUCAUGUUUUGCUCAUUGCCAAUCUGAGAGGCAGGAUACAUGGUUUGCUGUUGAUUCUCCCCUCCUAAAGAAAAAGCGGAUUGCAGAAUCUGUUGGAGAUUGGUAUUUUGAUCGUGUUGAUGUUAAAGCUAUUGAUUGUGCGUACCCCUGUGAUAACACCUGCCAUAAUCUAGUUUUCAAGUGAGUGAACAACUUAUCUGCUCCUAGUUAGUUUUUCGUCACUCAUUUCACCAAUCACCAUUUGUAGAAAUCGUAUCAUUCAUGUCUGAUGACAUUAAGUCGUCACUUGCUAAAGAAAGCAAAAAGUGUGUUGCCUACAGUCGUCCCCAUUGUUGUGCUCAAACACAUGUAUUUGUUGUCUUUAUUGUCUCAGUAGAACAUUAAUGUUCACUGGGCUCAGAAAUAGAAAUAUAUUAUUCAGAUGCUAAGCUUAACUGCGCCCAUCAUUAUGUUAUUCAUUCAUCAUUAUUGCUAAUGCCAACAUAUUCUUAUGGUCAAUGUUAA